AUGAACCACCACCUCCCAACACAACACAACACAUCAGCCACCACCUUCCAACAUAACACAACACAAAACAUCUACCACCACCUCCCAACACAACACAAAACAUCCGCCACCACCUCUCAACACAACCACAACACAUCCUCCACCGCCUCCCAACACAACACAACACAACACAUUCCCCACCACCUCCAAACACAACACAACACAACACAACACAUUCCCCACCACCUCCAAACACAACACAACACAACACAACUGCAACCACCUCCCAACACGACACAACACAACACAUCUGCCAUUACCUCCCAACACAACACAACACAUUCGCCAGCACAUCCCAGCACAACACAACACAACACAUCUGCCACCACCUCCCAACACAACACAUCUGCCACCACUUCCCAACACAACACAACACAUCCGUCACCACCUCCCAACACAACACAACGCAUCACAUCCGCCACCACCGCAACACGAACACAACAUAACACAUAUACCAUCUCCUCCCAACACAACACAACACAUCUGCCAACACCUCCCAACACAACACAACACAUCUGCCAUCGCCCAUCAACACAACACAACACAUCAGCCGACAAUACACCACAUCUGCCACCACCUCCCAACACAACACAACACAUUCGCCAACACAACGCAACACAUCCUCCACCACCUCCAAACACAACACAACACAACACAUCCCUUAACACUAACCAACACAAGACAACACAUCACAUCCUCCACCACCUCCCAACACAACACAACACAACACAACACAACACAGCACACCCGGCAACACAACAAAACAUCCACUACCACCUUCCAAUACAACACAACGCAACACACCACACCACAUCCGUCACCACCUAUCGAGGCCGCACUUCAGAAGGUGGCGUAGUACGUGCCGAUGAAGGCCAGGAGGGUGCGACACAGCUGAUAAAUGAAGAUGCCAUGACAAGAACAAAAAAGAUACCAAAAGCUCACAAAAUUUCCGCCCUCAAGACACGAGGAAAGCGGGAAUGA